AUCAUGUGGCACAUUGAAAUCUGCAAACAAAGCAGUUUUGAACCUUUUAAAAAGUAAACACAUUUGCGGUCAAGCUGGCACAGGCGCACACAAGUUCAUAACACUUGAGGAUGUCAUUGUGACCAGCAGAGCCUCGGCUUCACCACAGCAGUGAAGAACAAGUGCUUUGACGGUAAGCUCCACUGUCCUUCACACACAGAUGUUUCUGACUUGUAUUUAAUUAUUAUUCUCGUUUGUUAGGGAAUAUCAAAACUUUCCUCUUGUUCGGUCAGUUUUCCCCAUGCGUCCAAACAUCUCUAUCUCCUUGACUCUGACUGGACUGUGGACAUCAGUCCUCACAGGAUGUCCUCAGCUUGACAAGUUUGCUCCAGAAUCCUCUGCUCUGGAGUCUUUGGAGUGCCGUAAUGACUACCGCUCACAUAUCCGCUGCAGUUGGAGAGACGAUCCUCAUGUUCAUCUCUCUCUGCUCCACAUGGAUCCAGAUGACCUCCGAGUAUCGCCCUGUGUUCAGAUUCCUAACCCUUCCCAGAAUGCUACUGGGAAGGAGAGAGUUUAUUGUCAGUAUAACACAUCUCUAUUUGCCAUCGGCUUUGAUGACUUGUUCUUCUUCCACACGCCACACUCUUCCGGCAUUUCCAGAACCUUCAGACUCAAAAGAUUUGAAGAUGCGGAUACAGAGUGGAAUUUUUACCAUCUAGAUGACACACCACCUCCCUCACCUCUGACCUCUGACCCCUUCAGACACCAUGACCAAAAGCACUCAGUUGAGAUUGAUCGUGAAAUAAUCAAGGACAAAAAAGGCGGGAAAAUUCACAACAAACCAACACAAAAACAUGGCGAGAAUAAAACCGAGGUCUUGACUGACAGGCCAGAACUGAUAUCUGAGUACUCUCUCCCUGGUCCAUCUAACCUAAACUGCGUGCUCAGCGAUGGGAAUAAUUUGAGCUGUAGCUGGGAUCUCAAAACAGAUCUGGCCCAGUACAUCAGCUACCCGCUGUCCUACCGGACAAACUCCACUGCACCGAACGAGUGGUGCUGUGUUGAGAAGGUGGAGGUCACAAAUAAAGGAGAUUUGUUGAGGAUAGUUGGUGCCUUCAGUGUCUUUGAGCCUGGAGUGCUGCAGGUGCAACUCACACCAAUGCCAGCGACCAAAGUGAUCCGCUCUUAUGAACACAUCCAGCCUGCAUGCCCCACGGGUCUGAGCGUUGAACUGAGAGGAGAAGACUGGAUUUUGAACUGGACUUUAACAAAGUACCGUACUCUACCUCUCACUACUGAACUCAAGUACUGGAGCCUACUAACUCAUGAGGAUGUAAAGAACAUCUUUCUCUCUGACGGAGAGAUGGUGUUUGCUAUAUCAGAGCGUUCUCUGAAGGGUUCCUCAGAGUAUCGUGCUCAGGUUCGCUGUAAUGUAAGUGCAUCCAGACGUUCAGGAUGGCGUUACUCUGGAUAUCCCUCAGAGUGGAGCGACCCCGUCUACUGGACAACACGACCUGAACCUCUUGCGCCACAUCUGGUUACAUUUCUCCUGUACUUCCUCAUUGCGACUCUCGCGUCAGUUGUCUCCAUCAUAGCUUUUAUCAUUCUGGUUGUUGUUCAGCGAAGACUGAGAGAAUGGGACAUGUCUCUUCCCUCUCCUGUCCACAGCAAAGUCUCAGAGGUGUCACAGCAUGCCCAGAUGGACCACUUCCCCUGCUGUACCGAACUGAAUGAUCCUGAUAUCAGCAAUGCUCAGAUUGUAGAUGUCCAUCCGCAGUUGUCCUCAUUCGAUUCAGAUGCCAACAACCAGUGCAGAGAAACCGAGGGCAAUCGAGUGAAUUUGCAUGUUGAUGAUCCAUGCCUUGUGUCCUUGUGUUCCUCUGGGAAUGCAAUGGGAAGAAAUGGUCCAUUUCAGCCUUGUACCACCAACUUCCAUGACCCAGUUCUCCCAUGUUCAGAGGGAUACAUGCAGAAUCCUGCAACUUCUGUUGGCACUACCCAGUAUUCAUCGCAAGAGGCUUGUUGUCUGAAUUUAGAAAUGGGUGACGGGUACAUGAAUUGCCCAAAGCCUGAUUUGAUCUCACCUAAACAAAGGACAAAUCCUCAUUCACUUCAUAGACAAGAUCUAAACACAGAUGUUUUCCAUCCACCUUCUUCAGGAAGUGCUCCAGGAAGACUCUGAGCAGUGUAUAUAUAUAUAUAUAUAUAUAUAAAUAUAUAACUCAUCUGGAAAGAAUACAUGUACAAAGAUAUCAAAUAACAAAGGAAAUCAUAGAAACUCAUGGCUGCUGUUUCUGUAGUGACCACCAGAGGGUAGUACAGUACUACAUAAUCUACUGUAGUUUGAGACUUUGGGUGAUGCCAGGCGUGUGCAAGCCUGCUCCUGGAGAUCCACUGUCUUGCAGAGUUCAGCUCCGACCCCAAUUAAAUACACCCAAUGAAACAUGAACAAUAUGAAAUCUCCAGGCAAGUGUGUUGGAGCACGUUGGAGCUAAAAUCAUUGGUUUUCGAGGAGCAGGAUUGGACACCCCUCAAUGACCCUUUGCUUUAUAAACUUACGUGCACAUUAUUGUUUCACUCAAUAAAAUGUAGUUGUCUGCCAAAUAUAUCUCUUUAGUCUUGGAUAUUGUGUCUUGUGUAACUACUUAAUAUUUCACUCAGUACCUGUAAAACAGAAAAACCACACAUUUGAUAUCUCAAUUAUUUCUUACAA